AUAAAUAAAGAAGUUAGAGAAGAAAACUUAUAUCCUUCUAAACAAGUUAGCCCCUAUCAUCUUCAUCAGAAGUUUAGAAAAGAAAACUCUUAGUGUUGUGUUUGUCGAUGAUAGGAAUGUUAAAGCUUAUAGCAGCAACAUGCAGCAUUGCCUUUGUCUUCUUGACAAUGGCAAUGGCAAGUGGUCAGGGCUCUCACCAGAGAAUUCAAGCCAAGCAGGUCAAGCAACUCCACAGAACGGCUUAUCACUUUCAACCCCCUAUGCACUGGAUCAAUGAUCCAAAUGGUCCUAUGCACUACAAUGGAAUAUACCAUCUCUUCUACCAAUAUAAUCCAAAAGGUGCAAUUUGGGGCAACAUUGUCUGGGCUCAUUCUGUUUCUAAGGAUUUGAUCAAUUGGGAGGCUCUCGAGCCUGCAAUUUACCCUUCAGAAUGGUUUGAUAUUGUCGGAUGUUGGUCCGGGUCCGCAACAAUCCUGCCUGACAAUAAACCCGUAAUCCUUUACACUGGCGUUGACCCAAAACAGCGUCAGCUCCAAAACUAUGCCAUACCCAAGAACUUGUCUGAUCCGUACCUCCGCGAGUGGGUCAAGCCCAAAGACAAUCCGGUAGUAUCUCCGGACUCAAAAGUAAAUGCUACCGCCUUCCGUGAUCCAACUACUGCUUGGUAUGCUGAUGGGCAGUGGAGGAUGGCGGUGGGCAGCAGGAGGAAUGACAGAGGCGUUGCCUAUUUGUAUAGGAGCAAGGAUUUUAAGAAGUGGGUUAAGGCCAAGCACCCACUUCAUGCGAAAGCGGAAACUGGUAUGUGGGAGUGUCCAGACUUCUUCCCAGUUGCGCUAUCCGGUGAAGACGGGGUGGAUACUUCACUUAUUAAUCAGAAUGUGAAGCAUGUGUUGAAGGUUAGCUUGGAACUGACAAGAUAUGAGUACUAUACGCUUGGUAUUUAUGAUAAGGGAAAAGAUAGGUAUUAUCCUGAUAGCAAUUUAGUUGAUGGUUGGAGUGGGCUUAGAUAUGAUUAUGGCAACUUUUAUGCUUCCAAGACUUUCUUUGACCCAAGCAAGAAUAGAAGAAUUUUGUGGGGUUGGGCUAAUGAGUCUGAUGCUGAACAUGAUGAUACGAAUAAAGGAUGGGCAGGAAUUCAGCUCAUUCCAAGGAAGCUAUGGCUUGAUCCCAGAGGAAACCAAUUAAUACAAUGGCCGAUUCAAGAAUUGGAGACUCUAAGAGGGCAAAGUGUUCAAUUGACCAAAAAACAUAUUAAAAAGGGAGAAUACGUUGAAGUUAAAGGCAUAACUGCUGCUCAGGCUGAUGUUGAUGUUACUUUCUCAUUCCCAAGCCUAGACAAAGCUGAACCAUUCGACCCUAAAUGGAAGAACCUUGUCGCUCAAGAUAUCUGUGCUGUAAAGGGAUCAAAGGCUCAAGGUGGUCUUGGACCAUUCGGGCUCUUGACACUAGCCUCUGAAAAUCUUGAAGAAUUUACUCCCGUCUUCUUCAGAGUUUUUAAAGCAUCAGACAAGUAUAAAGUUCUCCUUUGCUCUGAUGCAAGAAGCUCUUCCUUGGGAAGUGGACUGUACAGACCAUCUUUUGCUGGUUUUGUUGACGUAGAUUUAGCUGACAAGAAGCUUUCGCUUAGGAGUUUGAUUGAUCACUCGGUAGUAGAAAGUUUUGGAGCUGAAGGCAGAACUGUGGUAACAGCAAGAGUAUAUCCUACUAUUGCUAUCUAUGACAAGGCUCAUCUGUUCGCGUUCAACAAUGGUUCUGAAACUGUGAUAGUGGAGAAUCUUAAAGCAUGGAGCAUGAAUAGGCCUGUAAUGAACCCACCCCUGAGAAAAUAAGGACGCAGAAUCUAGAUAUAGAUCGUGUUUCCUAUCAAAAUAUAUGGGGAUACCUUGAACUUAGAAUUUUGUGGUUGAUGUGGAUUCUAAAGAUUAAAUAAAAAUCACCAAAUAUGUUUCUGCCUUAA